AUGACUCGCAAAGCUAUUCUUUACGGCAUUUUUUGUGUGGCCACAGCGGUUGCAACAGACAUCACGGUAUGCACAACCGGUGGUCGGAUUACUGGAGCCGUCGAACCGACAUGGGGCAUCCCGAUCGCCCGCUUCCUCGGCAUUCCGUACGCAAAACCUCCCUUAGGUACACUUCGGUAUCGACCGCCUGAACCAGCUCCGCCGUGGCAAGGAAUUCUAGAAACGAAAGAAUUUCGUGCUGCUUGCGCUCAAGCCAACGGAUCCUUUCCGCCUGACAUUCCCUGGCUUGUAGACAAGAGAAUCGUGAGUGAAGAUUGCUUGUUUCUCAACAUCUGGGUCCCACAGACGUGCACCAAAAGAAAAGCAAUUUUGAUAUGGAUCCACGGCGGUGGCUUCCGUACUGGUACGCCAUCGACGGAGCUGUACGACGGAAAGUUGUUGGCAGCUGUAGGAGACAUUAUGGUUGUAAGCGUGGCGUAUCGACUUGGCAGUUUGGGUUUUCUCUACACUGGGGAGGACAGUUCACCCGGAAAUUACGGUCUGUUAGACCAGGAGUUAGCUAUUCACUGGAUACGGAACAAUGCAGAAGUAUUUGGAGGUGACAGGUCUUCAAUAACGCUAUACGGCGAAAGUGCGGGCUCUUCCACCGUAGGCCUUCAUCUUCUGGCGACACGGAAUGCAGGGAUUGUACGUCGUGCCAUUAUGGCGAGCACGAGUCCUUACGGGCAAAUAAGACCGCAGAGCGAAGUUGGACGCGAGUUGGCCACGAAGCUGGCGAAAGCCGUCGGAUGCGAGGUGGACGGGAACGAUUGGAUCAGGGUCGUGGCAUGUCUACGGUCAGCUCCGAUUGAAGCCAUUUUGCGAGCAGAAGACACACAGUACCCUCAGAAUCUCGCUACUUUCACGCCCUCGUACGGCGACAGCUACCUACCACUGUCAUUUCACGAAACACUUCGGGACCCGAAGCUCAUCCCUAUUGAUGCCUUACUGAUUGGGGUAACUGCACAUGAAGGAAGCAUAUUUCUCCACAUCAAAGACCCGGAACGUUUCAACAUGAACAAUGAACCUGAAGGAUUGACCUACUCUGAGGCUCUCGCGUUACUUGCCUGCCCCUACUAUCCUGGCUUGCCAAAAGCUUUGCAAGAGGCCACCAUCGGCAUUUUUCAGGCGUACGUCCACCAGGGAGAAGGAAUCCUUCAGUCGCUAAUAAACACUGUUGGAGACUUUAUAAUUACGUGUCCAACAAUAUUUUUUGCUGAAGCAUACGCAAGACUAAACUACCCGGUCUACUUCUAUGUGUUCGACCAUCGGUCAGUGAAAAGUCGCUUGCCGCCGUGGAUGGCUGCAGCGCACUUCACCGAGCUCCAGUAUACCUUCGGUAUGCCGUUUCGGUUUCCAGAGCGCUACACAGACCUGGAUCGAAAGCAGAGUAUGCUAAUGAUGAAUCUUUUCACGCACUUCAUCAACACAGGAAGGCCUACCUUACCAGAUGGCUCCGAAUGGCCCACUUACACAAAGGAAGACCCUUAUCACCAGAGCAUACGGGACAUAUUUCUUGGGCUACCACCGCCGUUCCUGGUAGUGGGGGACAUCAAUGCCCACCAUCCACGGUGGGGAAGUGCACGUACAGACAGGAGGGGAAUAAGAUGGGUUGACGUCAUCGGCGAAAUGGACCUGUGUCUGCUCAAUGAUGGUUCACCAACGUUCCUGCGUAGAGAUUUCUCAACUGACGUCCUGGACGUGUCCAUCUGCUCAAAAGAUGUUUCCAGGAGUCUCUCGUGGUCGACUGAUGUCGAUGGGAAAGGAAGUGAUCAUUUGCCCAUCUACAUUUCAUGCGACAGAGUGUCUAGUCUAGAAACGGGAACUCAUGCCACGUUUUGGGACGAUGUUCUCUACAAAGUGGACAAUAGCGGCAAAAAGGUUACAAAGUCCAAAUAUAUAGACCUGCAGUUUAGUUAUUGA